CCCUUUUCUCUAUUCCCCUUUCUGCCUUGAAGUUAAGGGGUGAGUCACCCCUUCGGUGUAUCUUGAUAUUUCGACUCUGUCACUACUCAUCACCGCCAGAUACGCCCCCAUUUGGGUCAGCCUGAGGCACUGCUCAUGCUUGCUCCGGCUACUACGUGUUGAAGCUAAGCUUGUUCAUAUCGCCAUGUGCCAUGUGAUAGUCCUUGAUGUACAGGCUUCUAGUGUAAGUAUUGUAAGUUAAAGUACUUUCUCUUAAUACUCUAUAUAAAGACAGGAUGCCUCCGUCUUUUUAUUCACAUUCCUAGUCUCUCUGCAGCAACCAGACAAGUUCGUCAUAGUCCUAUAUCUCUAUCAAGAAAUCUAUCAAGCAAUCUGCUUAACAUUCUAUACCAAUUCACUCAAAUACCUGCCACUACCAAGCAAUGGCAUCAUACACUUCCAAGUCAUCCCACGCCGUCGUUGUAGACAACCGUUCCUCUCGCUCGUCAUCUGCAAGCUCAUACAACACAAUGUCUUCGCGCACUAGCCUAGGCGCUGGUUCUACCUCUUACCCCAGUGGCUCUUCUGGAAUCACACCUGUUGUCCACGAGCAUGGCCGAUCUUCUAGGGCCGAUGACUUCACUGUUGAUAUCACGCGCCGGUCUGGUGUCACCGUCUUCAACCACCACGGCACUGGCUAUGAAGACAGUGCCCCAUCUCCGAGUUACGGGAAGUCCGACUACAGAGAGUCCAAAAAGACUUCGGGCGGAAAGUCCCACUCGGGAUCCCGCUGAUUCGAGUCGACACGUCUCAAUCAUUUAUGUUAGGCGCAUGGGCUUUUGGGAUUAGGGCAGGCUUUUGAGCGGAAACAUUUAUUCGGCUGGGCACAGGAUUAUACCAUGGAUCUCUUAUUACUUACGGAAGCUGGAUAUCCAGCAGGAAGACUACAGAAUCGCCUCGGGGCUACUAGAUGUGUAUAAUUACUAACAACAUUUCAUAUCACUUUAUGUACUUCUAUGGUCGAAUCUAAUCUUAUCUUUUGCACUUCAUCACGAAUCCGCAUUAGACAUUACGUAGGCGUUCUGAAAUUAUCGAUUGGUCUACCAUAGGCC